AGAAAAUAAAGAUUUUGUUCAACUGUUUUCUGGAAAUGAGUAACAAUCUUCUUCCUCCUCCGCCCUUACCAAUUUUUAAGCAUCCUCUGUGGGCGGCGCAGUUGAUAAAGCAUCUUCAUGGGGGUAAUAAUCGCGAUGAGGUUCUUAAACAACUCAACAAUCUCAUUAAACAGCAGUCAAGUGAAGCAAUGCGUAUCAAUCUUGGAUUUCAUUUGUGGAACUCCUCACUUACAACCACCACACUUUUACAGGAAGUAGUAGCAGCAUACGCCAAGUUUGAAGUUUCAACAUUAAACAUGAUGGAAUCUCUUCGAGUUUGUAAUGCUCUUACUGUAUGGCAGUGUAUAGCCUCUUACCCAGAUGGAAGAAGGGGUCUCGUUAACGCACGCAUACCACAUUAUCUUUUACCAUAUCUUGGAAUGUCUACAAAAGUGAUUUGGUCUCUGCAAUUUUUGAGACUUAGAAUCUUGGAAUUUCUUGCUGCCCUAGCAAAGUUUGAUGAGUUACAUGGGCAAGAAAUUCUUCAUGUAUUGCUAGACACAAAUUUAUUUUCUUUGUGCCUGCACUGCAUCCGUCAUGAUGAUACACAGAUACAGAAGGCUGCGACACUCAUACUUAUGAAAAUCUUGAUGCAAGAGGAUGGGCUAAAAUAUUGUUGUGCUUAUCCCGAUGAGUUUCAGUCACUAAUACAAGUCUUGCGUCAACUGGUAGAAGAAACAUUUAAUUUUGAAAUCCCUUGUCCACAGCACCUCAAAUAUGUUAUUCAAUGCUACCUAUGUCUUACGCGAGUAGCAUGGGAAGACGGGGUAUACGAAACAGUGGGAAACAUGUUUCCUCAACAGCUAAUUGGCAACACUUUUCACAAUAUUAUUCAUAAAGAUCCAGAGAUUCCAAAUAUGCUGAAUCAGUUAGUGUGGAAUCUUAAUCAUCGACCACCUCAACAAUUGCUCAGAUGAGGAUUGACUAUAGCAGAUAGUGUUGGGAAGGAAUUCAACAAACAGAAUCAAAUCCCUAUAUACAGAUUUAGUAUGUAAAGGUUUUGAGUAUUUGAACGUAUAACGACUAGACUUACUUGCUGAAUGAACAGUCUCAUUUAACUAUUUUUGCUUUACGAAGUUACUUUCUGCUAUAACCAAGCAAUCACAGCAAAUGACUUUCUAACAUCAUUUCCGAGCAUGUAUGUUCUCACCUGUGUUGCCGUUUAAUGGGGGAUCGUAUUCAGGAGUUUCCACAUCAAUAUGUGAGUAUUUGAACCUAUAACGCAUUUUGUAAUGGAGUAAAGGUUUGCUGUCUGUCUGGUUCAAUUACUAUUUACCGUUUCAUUAACCAAUCUAAACUGUCAUUUACCAA